UUUCCGCGAAGGAGAACCAGCUUCCGGCCAUGGAGAUGGAGGGAGCAGGAACGCUGGGCGAUGUCGACUCUCUGCCCCGCGGGGGCUUUCGGUGCCGUCUCUGUCACGUGACGGUAGCCAACCAGCCCAGCCUGGAUGAUCACCUGCGCGGGAAGAAACACCAGCGCCUGGAAAACCUUCGUAGUGUCCGUCAGUCUCAGGAGCUCCGCAGUGUUUUUGUCAGCGGCUUCCACAAAGGGACAACAGCUUUGGAGCUGAGUGACUAUUUCCAGACCUAUGGGAAGGUGGUCAACGUGGUGAUGGAUAAAGAUAAGACCUACGAAGAUCAUCAAAGGAAAGCUGAAGGGGUCUAUGCAAUUGUGGAACUGCAGGAUGAGGAGAUACUCCAGAAAGUAUUGUCACAGCCGCAACAUAGUUUGGGGGGCCAGAGAUUACGUGUCAAGCCUCGAGAGAAGAAAGAUUUCAAAUACACCCCCCCAAGGAAACAAGGGUCAGCCAGGCGGGAGCAGCUGAGCCCCGAGAAGCUGGCACAGAAUCUGUGCCAAGUGGAGGAUGUAGAUGCCCAAAUGUCUUUGGUUGUGCAACUCUUUGAAUUUUCCGAGAGUGAACAACGUCUUCGAGACUUGCUGGUCAAGCUCUUCCAGGAGGUGUUCUCUGAGUUCUUCCCAGAAUCAGCCAUCCUUCCCUUCGGUUCUUCCGUGAACGGCUUCUGUGUCUCUGGAUGUGACCUGGAUUUGUUCUUGGAUCUAGAGAAGACAAAAAGCUUCCAGGCUUCUGCCAAGGGAGCUGAUAAGCCACAGGCAGAGGAAGAAGCUUCUCCUGAAACGGAAUCUCGGUCGGAAGAUUCAAUUUUGACUGAUAUUGAUCUGGUCACAGCCACAGUUCCUGAAGUCCUGGAGCUGGUGGCCACCGUGCUACAGAAGUGUGUGCCAGGAGUCCAUAACGUCCAGGUGGUGUCCACCGCCCGCCGCCCAGUUGUCAAGUUUUGCCACAAGGAGUCCGGCUUGCGGGGUGACAUCUCCAUAAACAACAAGUUGGCUCUGUGCAACACGCGUUUCCUGCAGUUUUGCACAGAAGCGGAUGAACGAGUGCGGCCUUUGGUCUACGCUGUGCGCUACUGGGCGAAGCAGCAAGCUUUGGCAGGGAAUCCUUUCGGUGGGGGCCCUCUUCUCAAUAACUAUGCUCUGACCUUGCUGGUGCUCUUCUUCCUACAGACCCGCAGCCUCCCCGUCUUACCGACAGUUGCGCACCUAAAGGAUCUUUCAGAUGAUGGGGAACUGACCUUGGUGGAUGGUUGGGACUGCACUUUCCCUAAAGAUCCAGCCUUGCUGAAGCCUAGUGGGAACCCAGAGAGUCGCUGCUCCCUUCUGGCAGAGUUCUUUCACGUCUUCGAAAGUUGCAGUUUUUCAGGCUGCGUGAUCUCCCUGCGGGAGGGCCAGUCUUUGCCUCUCUCCGAUUUCCUGUUAUCCGAAGCAGGUAGGAAAUUCAAGGUGGGCCCCAUCAACCUCCAGGACCCUUUCGAGCUGAGCCACAACGUAGCCGCGAACGUCAAUGAGAAGACAGCUCUGCGUUUCCAGCGCUGUUGCCACGACGCUGCGAAAUACUGUCGGAGCUUGCAAUACCAGCGUAAAUCCAGCAAGGGCAAGAUCUGGGGGCUGGUCCGCCUGUUCCAGCCAGGCGGCCCCCAAGCUGCCGAACGGCUUGUCAUCAGCCUCCCCUUGACGCCGGCGGCACAGUCUCUCUGGUCCCACAAGGAGCUGUACCAGAGUAGGGAUUUCCACCAGCUCUGGUUUCGGAGAGUGUGCGCGGGUAUCUCGUUUGUCCUGGAGCACGUAUUGAAAUGUAGCUGCUUAGAGAAACCGCAGGGGCUUGGGGAAGAAAGGGAAGCCGCUGGAAGUGAUCCAGAGGAGGAACAACUGAAAACAAAAACUGAGCAACUGUCAGUAGGUUCCAAACGUCCGCUAGACGUGGACGAUGAAGGUGCGUGUUCGCCACCUCCUAAGAAAUCACGACCUGAUAGUUCCCUUCCCACCACGGAAAGCGUGACCUGGAACUGCGCCGUCUGGCACCAUGUCUGGUUAGGAAGGCGCCGUAUCCGGCGACAGUUUUGUAGCCCGGAACCGGAUCCCAAACAAACAGCAGAUCCCCUGGAGCUGGAGGCAAAAGUAUCGGAGGCCAUUUCUCAACAGGAUGGGGAAACGAGGUCUGUAGACCCUCUGUUUCGAUUUGCGGUUUGUGCCAGAAGCGGGGACGGCGGUUCUGCGGAUCAAGAUACACAUAUUAGCCUGAGCUUCACCCCAGGUCCUGAGCAGGUCGCUGUUUUCCAAGAUUUUUUUCAUUUCCUGCAAGGUUUUCUGCCCCGAAUGGUAGAGCAGCACCUGACAAGCAAGCCCUCAGACUUACGUACACCAGAAGGCAACUCUUCUCAAGGGGAUAGUAUUUGACCUCCAUUACACCAUGAUAGACUUCUAUAUUGAUAUCACGUUUUCCAUUCUUGCUACUGGUGAGAAUAAAAGGAAUGGAGAGAAAAAUUGUAACCUGUUUCCUUUGCAUCUUCAGUUAUUGAAGUUAAUCCGAUCGCUAAACCUCCUGGCAGAAGUUACAAAUCAACUCCAGUGCCAAUAAACUAAGGAGUAAGGUGGUUUCUGUAAUCACUGGCUAAAACAUCAUUGUGGUACCA